AUUAUGGCAGACAGCUCAUCAAGCUCGACUUCCAUCAAUCCUAGGGGCACUUAUCUUUUUCAUCCACAUGGAGACGAUGAUUUUGAGAUGUUUGCUGUAAAACCUGGUCAAAGGAUUGACACUUCUGACAGGCUUCCAGUUUUGCACACCAAUAUUGGCUUCAUUAGUAGCAAAAUUGAAUUACACUCGAACGUCGAAGCGAAAUGCAUUGCUACUUCUAAGCGGGGAAAGAGGUUUACUGGGAGGAGCAGCUACGAAGUCACAGUAAUUGGCUCACCACCAGUUAGCUUAGAUAGAGAAAGUAGAUGGGGAACAUCAAACAGAGUGUUUAACCUCUACGAUGACUCACAAUGUCGUGUAUUAGUCGAAUACACAGAUUUUACAAUAGAGGACGCCGCUAAUGGGAGGGUACUUGCUACCUACAAGAGUAAGGCAGGCACAACAAAGAAGGAUGGAAUUCUCACUCUCUCCGCGAAUGAUAUCGAAAAAGAAUCUGUCAAGCUGAUUUUUAUGGUCGUCCUUGUUAUGGUGAAGCUUCUGCGUGAUACAGGCAACUAUGAUGAUUUUUCAUCGAGCGAUUAAACUUAAAUACGAUCCUUGAAAAAAUAAAUACCCUAAUGGUUCACAAGCGAACAAAAUGUCAAAACACGGACAUGAUCAAACGGAUAACCUGUAAAUUAUUGUACGGAAUAAUUGGAAAUUGAAAUAUCCUAAAGAUUUUUAAUUGUUGAUUAAGUAUAGAGAAUGGUGCUAAAAG